CUCCUCUCUUUUCUACACUUAAAAAUUAAAACAGUUUCUCGAACAGAAACAAACAAGUACUCCUACUAAUGGAGACAUUCAAGUCCACUACUUCUCUUCUUUUAUUGACUCUCUUUCUUUCAAGCACUGUAACUCAAAUCUUUGGAGUCAAGACACAAAGUGAAGCCCUUGGCCAAUUUUACAAGGCUAAGUUUAGGCACAAUUCCAACAUUGAUAAAAGCCAUUUUACUCAUGAUUUUGAUGAUCAAGAUCUCAAAUAUCUUCAUAAUAAAAAAACUGUGGUUUCUCAAAAAGAAAAUGACAAGAUUCAGAAACUUCCUGGCCAACCUCGAGUAAGGUUUGAGCAGUAUGGUGGAUAUGUUACAGUUGAUGAAUCUGCUGGGAGAGCUUUCUAUUAUUACUUUGUUGAAGCUCAACGUUCUAAAGACUCUUUGCCUCUUCUUCUUUGGCUUAAUGGAGGUCCAGGAUGUUCUUCUCUUGCAUAUGGAGCCUUUCAAGAACUUGGACCAUUUAGAGUAAACAGUGAUGGCAAAACACUUCACAAAAAUAAAUUUGCAUGGAAUCAUGCUGCCAAUGUGUUAUUCUUGGAGUCUCCAGCAGGAGUAGGUUUUUCCUACUCUAACACAUCAUCUGAUGUUAAGAUAGGUGGAGAUAGAAAAACAGCUAAAGAUAAUUAUCAGUUCUUAGUAAAUUGGCUGGAAAGAUUUCCUGAAUACAAAGAUAAAGAUUUUUACAUAUCUGGAGAGAGUUAUGCUGGUCAUUAUGUACCUCAAUUGGCACAUACCAUUCUAUAUCACAACAAGAAGGCAAACAAGACUAUGGUUAAUCUUAAAGGAAUUUUGAUUGGUAAUGCAGUGAUUAAUGAUGAGACAGAUACAAGAGGAAUGUAUGAAUAUUUUGCAAGUCAUGCACUGAUUUCUGAUGAACUUGAAGCUCAAAUCCAGAAGCAAUGCAAGUUCACAGAGAGUUCAGAAUCAGACGAGUGCAAAUUGGCACGAAGUAAAGCUGAAUAUAAUACUGACCCCAUUGAUAUCUACAACAUAUAUGCUCCACUCUGCCAUAAUACCAAUCUCACUGCCAAGCCCAAGAAGCCUUCUUUAGUGAUCGAUCCAUGUAGUGAUUAUUACACGAUUGCCUAUAUGAAUAGGCCUGAUGUUCAGAAUUCUCUCCAUGCCAAUGUCACCAACAUUAAAUAUUCAAAUUGGCAGCCAUGCAGUGAUGUCCUAACAAAUUGGACAGACAGCUCAUCAACCAUUAUUCCUCUUCUCAGAGAGUUUAUGACAAAUGGACUUCGAGUGUGGAUAUUCAGCGGUGACACUGAUGGAAGAGUGCCUGUUACUUCAACCAAGAAUUCUAUUAAGAUAAUGAAGCUUCCUAUCAAAACUGCGUGGCACCCCUGGUACCUCAGUGCAGAGGUUGGUGGAUAUACACAAGUAUAUAAAGGAGACAUGACAUUUGCAACAGUACGAGGGGCAGGACAUCAAGUACCAAGUUAUGAGGCAGCUAGAUCCCUUUCACUUGUCAUGCAUUUUCUUGCUGGAACUGACCUCCCCGAUAAACACAAUUAACUAGUUUUCUAGUCAAUAUAUGUUCACUUAAGAUCCUUUAUUCGUUUCAUGCAUUUAUGGCUUCAGGUUUCAACAUAAUGUAGCCUUCUUCUUUUCUUUUCUCGAAAUAAUCUAUAGUAUUUGAUUUUUAAUACA